AUGGAAUCCCUGCGUCAUCACUACACGCCUCACGUGGAUAACACGUUUGCCAUCGACCUUCCGCCAUCGCACCAACAAGUCAAACAAGAAGAACGAAAGGCCCGCGCAAGACCCAGCUUGCUUCGCGUGAUCAUUCGAGUGAUCACGCUUGGUUUGAGUGCAUCGAACCUCGCGGUACUAGCGCUCUCAGUCGUGGUCUGGUAUUCGACGCGCAAUACUGUUCUGUCGCAGCCCGGCAAGCUUCCCCAGCCGGGAUGGCCGGCCACGAUGGACAUGAAGCCUACUUGGCUCAUGUUGGCGGCAUCGGGGGUCGCUGUGCUCAUCCAAAUCAUCGCACUAUGCACGCUCGUCUGCCCGAUACGCCGCCUGCGCGAAUCGAAUCUGCACACAUGGGCCGUCUUCAUUACCGCUGUCGCAUGCACGGCAAUGUGGAUCGGCGUGGUAGCAUAUUUCAAGAUGCAGGAACUGAAGGGCGAGCCGAUCUGGACGCUGUGGUCGUGGUCCUGCUCGCACGAAGACUGGACGAACGGAAAAAUGGCUUUCAGCUCCAUGUGCACAAAGCUGAAUUAUUCGUUCUAUGCCGGCGUUGCUGUGGCCGUGCUCGAAAUCGCGAGUCUAGUGCUGUUUGCGGUCAAGUUGCGAAACAUCAAGAAACAGGGACAUGGGUACACGAGGAUCACUGUCCAACAGAUGCGCUAG